CUCUCGCACCGAGGAAGGAGUGUAUUAGUCACUGGUGGUGCUGAAUAUAUCGGAUCACAUGCUGCAUUGAGGCUACUUAACUAUUCAUACCAUGUAACCAUUGUAGUAAAGCUUCUUUCUUUGAUGGUGUUUUGCAAUAUGUUGGGGCAGUUAAGUAGUCAAAACUGCAAUGUUCGGUUGAAAAAUGAGAAUAAUGUGCGUCUCUCGCAGAAGGCCAGUCAUGCAAUUGCAACAUCUUUGAAUGUCAUCCAAACAUCCCAUUCUUAUGGGGACUUGAUGCUACUCAACAGAGCAUCUGAGUUAAAGCUGGUACGUGCAGCUCAUGGAGGUUUUGCUCAUCUUUCUCAAAAGAUUGAGAUUUCCCUACAACCUCAAGAAUGUUAUCCUUUCUGCAGUGGACGUGUUACGCUACAUGACUUUCUUCGGGCUCUUAGACUGAAGCUUUGCACUCUCUCUAAAGGGAUCAGUUAUGAUUAUGCUCUUAUCAUCUUUUAUCGUCGUUUAUGCCUCGGGAAAAUUACUUAUACAAGCGCACUACUGUAG